AUCCGCGCGCAUUUCGGCCGACGAUCGGAAGGUAGAGUGCCGCGGACGACGGGCCGCACGCCGCCCGUAAAUAUUCGUUCGGUGCACUGUGACCAGAUCUAAAGGCGGAAAAGGCAUCCCUUUAGCGCUCAGGUAGUGGCCGAAGAUGGUCAGUGGAGUGACGGAGGGUGGACCCCUCAUUCGACCUGUCGAGCCCGUCUCGACGGCGACGCUGGUGACGCUAUGUCUCGGCGCCGCUUUCUUAUUAUGCGCCGUCGCGAUGACCUGGUGGCUCUGCCGACGACGUCGCGAACACACCAAGCUAAGCUCCGACAAGUCCCUGGCGUUCAGACCGCCGCACCGGAAGCCGACGGCGGUUAAGAGUCCUGGUAGCACGAGCCACUAUUUGAAAAAGAGCCCCUCGCCGACGGGACCGGCCAAGAGUCCGCCCGGUUCCGGUGGACAAACACCGAGUCCAACCGGUUCUCAGUCCUCGAACCCCGCAUCUCAGCCCAGAACACCGCAGAGCGCAGGUACGCCGGUACAGACACCGCCCGUCGAAGUUGCUGUAAGUAUAGAAAAUGAGCGCGAUAAGGCUGAACUGGAAAAUAACGAAAAGGUUGAGCGUGAAAAGAAUCAAACAGCAGAAAAUAACAAGGAUAAUCUAGGCCAGUUAGUCUUCAAGCUGCGAUACCGAAGUGAACAGAACGCGCUCGCGGUGACAGUAGUGAAAUGUAAAGGGCUGCCUGCCAGAGGUCAACAGAACGCAACUUGUGAUCCUUACGUGAAGCUGCAAUUGCUGCCCGAUAAACAGCAACACGUGAAAACUAGAGUCCUCAGAAACACUAGAGAUCCGGUGUACGAUGAGGAUUUCACGUUUUUCGGCAUAUCACAGAGUCAACUUCAGAAAAUUAGCUUACACUUCAUCGUGUUGAGUUUCGAUAGAUACUCUCGUGACGAUAUUAUCGGAGAACUGACGUGUGCUUUAUCAUCAGUGUCCGGUUUAGAAGAUGCGGAUAAUCAGGAGAUAUCUCUAUGUCGGAAAAUAUGUCCUAGAAGUUUGAAGAUACAGUCGCAAGGAAGAGGAGAAUUAUUGGUUUCGCUUUGCUGGCAACCGGUCAAUAGCCGCCUGACAGUGGUGGUCUUAAAAGCGCGAAGUUUACCCAAGAUGGACGUAACUGGGCUAGCUGAUCCGUACGUGAAGAUUUAUCUUUUGUACAAUCAGCAACGUAUCGCCAAGAAAAAAACGCACGUGAAGAAACGUACUCUCAGUCCGGUAUUCAAUGAGUCUUUCGUCUUCGAUAUACCAAAUGGUGCGGACGGACUCAACAAUGUCAGCCUCGAGUUCAUGCUACUAGACUGGGAUCGAGUUACGAAAAACGAGGUAAUUGGCCGGCUAGAAUUUGGUGGACCAAAAUGUCAAGGUUCCGCUGUAAACCAUUGGAAGGAGGUAUGCAGCUCACCGCGACGACAGAUAGCCGAGUGGCACAAACUGCGGGAGUAACCGGUCUCCUAAUCUUAUAUACGUAUCAGCUCGAGUUCCCACAUCUCCGAUUUCCCUAGAAACUCCAUAUCCUUCGCUACGAAAUCACUGAUCCGACCCUUGAAACCCUACAAUAAGAUAGGGUAUCUGUUUUGUAAACCUAAUACUCAAUGUAUAUUAGGCUUGAAUGAAUAGCUCGUCGACCCAUAAUCGCUGUCAUCGGGAGAGAUUUUUGAAUUUGUAAAUGAACAUUGUGUCACAAUGUUCAUAAUAGAUGAAAUUAAAAAAUUUUAAGUACAAUAUCUCCCUUAAAAUCUACACACAUUAAAAACAUAAUUAUAAUAUUAAAAAUUUCACUCAAAUCACUUUUUAUUUACGUAUAAAGGAUCUCAGAUUAAUAUCAGUAUUAUUAAAUAGCUAAAAAUUUAGCGCUUGCAAAUUAGAUAUCGAAAGUUUUAAAGAGAUAUUAUUUAAUCUUUAAAUUUUUAUAUAUUCUGUUGAUAUAUAAUCAUACACGCGAUUAAGGGAUGACGGCUUCUGCAAAAUGCUUUACGAUAUAAACAUAGACAUUAAGAUUCCCGACCAGUUGAGGAACGAGACUAUGGAAAAGGAGUAUUGAUGCGAAGCGGUCGACCUUCCGAUUGCUAGAUAUUGUGUCAUAUAGGUAAAUAUGAAGCAAAUAAACUCUUAUCUUCUACAGCGAAUUCGAGUAGAAUGCACCGGUGUAUAUUAAAAAUAGUCUUGCAGUGACAUAAAAACGUAAGUAUAGUGUAAAAUCAGUUCAUUAAUGAGAUGCUCAGCUUUAUAAUGGUGUGGCAGAACUUACGUUACUUAGAUUAUUUCGAGAUAUUUUCGCCAAAUGCUUUUACAUCAUGAUAAAUUUUAUGUAUAAUAUGAUUUUAAAAAUGUACACCAGUGCGCGCAUUUGAUCAAAUUCGCUAUUAAUUUGCUCCAUUUUAUUUACAUGAUUCAUUGUGUAUUUCACAAGAUCGCAGAGCGACGUAUCGCAUUAAAGACAGUGUAUAUUUUACGCAGUGGCGUAACCGUGUGUGUAAAUUUUCGGUCCUAAAAGAGAAUAAUGAAAGAGGCCUCCCUCUUCCACUCUACAUUUGCAAAGUUAGAAAAAAAAUAAAAAUAAAGAUCUGUACAUUUUAACUUGUAUAAACAUUUAUGUGCGUAAAAGAGAAAUUAUAUUUUUAUGUUACAUUGUUAUAUAUUUUAUUUUCUUUUUUCUCUUUGUAGAUUAAUUAAUAUUGCAGGUCCUCGAAAUAUAAUGCUUAUUUCCGCUUAAGAGGGUACAUACAUCUAAAGCGACAAAAAUAAUGAUCGUUUUCCUGA